CCUGAAUGAGCUCACUAGUGAAGGCAAGAAAUCAACCAUGUCUAUCUUUUUGGUCUCUCUCUCCUCCUCUCUCCUCCUCUUCCUCCUCCUCUUAUACUCUUUUCUUGCUAGCUCCUUCACCCAACUAGAAGAAGACCAAAUUCAACGCUUCCAAAAAUACCUACGGAUCCGAACCGCCCACCCCGACCCCGACUACGCCUCCGCCGCCGCCUUUCUCUCCUCAGAGGCCCAGUCCAUCGGCCUUCAGACCCUAACCCUGGAGUUCGCCCGCGGCAAGCCCCUCCUUCUCCUCUCCUGGCCUGGCUCCGACCCCUCCCUCCCCUCCAUUCUCCUCAAUUCCCAUAUCGACAGCGUCCCUGCCGAGCCUGCCAAGUGGCUCCACCCCCCUUUUGCAGCCGCUCGCGACGCCGCCGGCCGUAUUUUCGGCCGCGGCGCCCAGGACGACAAGUGCCUCGCCGUCCAGUACCUCGAGGCCCUCCGCAACCUCAGAGCCACCUCCUUCGUCCCCCGCCGCUCGAUUCACGUAUCCCUCGUUCCCGACGAGGAGAUUGGCGGCGCCGACGGGGCUGCCAGCUUCGCUGCCUCGGAGGAGUUCAGAGCCCUCAAUGUCGGCUUCGUGCUCGAUGAGGGGCAGGCCUCGCCGACGGAUGAGUUCAGGGUGUUCUACGCCGACCGCUCUCCGUGGUCGCUGAUCGUUAAGGCUGUUGGUGCGCCGGGGCAUGGGUCGAGGAUGUAUGAUAAUGGGGCGAUGGAGAAUCUGAUGGAUUGCGUGGAAGCUGUCGCUCGUUUCAGGGAGAGUCAGUUCGAUCAAGUCAAGGCUGGGAUUAAGGCAGUUUCCGAGGUCAUCUCAGUGAACGCAGUUUAUAUGAAAGCUGGUACACCAUCCCCCACGGGUUUUGCAAUGAACAUGCAACCUUCAGAAGUAGAGGUUGGUUUUGAUGUUCGGCUUCCACCAACAGCAGACCCAGAUCUCUUAAGAAAAAGAAUUGAUGAGGAAUGGGCACCAGCUAUAAGAAAUAUGACAUAUCAGGUGAUAAUGUGCUCCAGUUAUAUGUACAUAUUGUGUCCUUUAUUGCUCAAAUUAAAUUUAGUAGUUACCUUCUUAACGGUAAAGGGGUAGAAAAUAGUAAAGAUUUAGUGACAAGAAAAAGGGAAGAGGAUGGUGAAGAAGAGGAAUAUUACUCUUUUAUCAGAAGUUUUUUUCAUCAUCUACAUCUUUGACCAAACAUAUAGUGCCAAAUUCAUG